AUGGCGGCUUCAUCUGUUCUGGGCGCCGUCCUGGCUCGGAUUCUCUUCUAUCCGACACUUCUGUACACCCUGGUGCUCGAUAAGGUGUCAAGAGCCGGGCACCGCGACUGGUACCACCGCAUCGACUCUACGGUGCUGUUGGGCGCGCUGCCGCUGCGCAGUCUCACGCUCCGGCUAGUAGAGAAGGAGAAUGUCCGAGCAGUGAUCACCAUGAAUGAAGAAUAUGAGACGAGGUUCCUGUGUAACACUUUUGAGGAAUGGAAAGCAGUUGGAGUAGAACAACUGCGUCUCAGCACAGUGGAUAUGACUGGAGUCCCAACUCUGGAAAACCUAAAGAAAGGUGUCCAGUUCACACUCAAGUACAUGGCCCUGGGGAAAUGUGUCUAUGUUCACUGCAAGGCUGGGCGCUCCAGAAGCGCCACCAUGGUGGCGGCCUAUUUGAUACAGGUGUAUAACUGGACUCCGGAGGAGGCGGUGAAAGCCAUUGCUGACAUCCGUUCUCACAUCCAAAUCCGACCUCGGCAGGUAAAGGUUCUCAAGGAAUUCCACAGGCAGGUCAUGGCUGAAGCAGAAAAAAACAAGAUUUCCCAAAAAGAACCAGCUGACGAAUGA